GCCCGCCGGUUGCGGUGCGAGCGGGCGGCCAGGACCCCCUACUUCCCCGCCCGCCGCCGCCGUGAUUGGGUGGAAGAUGCCGCUGGGCGGAUGGAAAUCCUAAUGACAGUCUCCAAGUUCGCCUCCAUCUGUACCAUGGGCGCCAAUGCCUCGGCAUUAGAGAAAGAGAUUGGCCCAGUCAAUGAGCAUUAUUUUGGAUUAGUCAAUUUUGGAAAUACCUGCUACUGCAAUUCUGUUCUUCAAGCACUUUAUUUUUGCCGUCCAUUUCGGGAAAAAGUUCUAGCAUACAAGAGUCAGCCUAGAAAGAAGGAGAACCUUCUUACUUGCUUAGCAGAUCUCUUCCAUAGCAUAGCCACUCAGAAGAAAAAGGUUGGAGUAAUACCACCAAAGAAGUUCAUAACAAGAUUACGGAAAGAAAAUGAGCUUUUUGACAACUACAUGCAGCAGGAUGCCCAUGAAUUCUUAAAUUACCUACUAAAUACAAUUGCUGAUAUUCUGCAAGAAGAGAGAAAGCAGGAAAAACAAAAUGGCCAUCUACCUAAUGGUAAUAUCGACGGUGAAAAUAACAACAGCACACCAGACCCAACCUGGGUCCCUGAGAUAUUUCAGGGAACAUUAACUAAUGAAACCAGAUGUCUUACUUGUGAAACUAUUAGCAGCAAAGAUGAAGAUUUCUUAGACCUUUCUGUUGGCGUGGAACAAAACACAUCUAUUACUCAUUGCGUAAGGGGUUUUAGCAACACAGAAACUCUAUGCAGUGAGUAUAAAUAUUACUGUGAAGAAUGUCGCAGCAAACAGGAAGCACACAAACGGAUGAAAGUUAAAAAACUACCCAUGAUCCUAGCUCUCCACCUUAAGAGAUUCAAAUAUAUGGAUCAGCUUCAUCGAUACACAAAACUUUCUUACCGGGUAGUUUUUCCUUUAGAACUUCCUCUGUUUAACACUUCAGGUGAUGCAACCAACCCUGACCGAAUGUACGACCUUGUUGCCGUUGUGGUUCACUGUGGAAGUGGUCCAAAUCGAGGCCAUUACAUUGCAAUAGUUAAGAGUCAUGAGUUUGGGUUGUUGUUUGAUGACGACAUUGUAGAGAAAAUAGAUGCACAAGCGAUUGAAGAAUUCUACGGGUUGACAUCAGAUAUCUCAAAGAACUAUGAAUCUGGUUACAUUCUUUUCUACCAGUCCCGGGACUGAGGGAGAACGGUGAUGAAGAGACACUUCUGCCUCAUUUCUUCUCUGGUUAUUUG